AUGCCUCCAUCGACGACCUCCUCAGCCGGAAGCGCCGCGACCACUACCAGCGGCAGCGGGGGUGGUGGCGGUGGUUCGAAUGCGACAAGCUCACCUCUCCUGUUUUUCGUUGCCCUCGGAUUUGGUGUCGUCUUCACUAAUUUAUGGAUUAUCGUCGGGGUCAAAUACUGCUUCCGCUACAAUCAACGAAAUCGUCAGCUGCGCAGCGAGGAGACAGGAGAGCCAAUCGACCUAGUGGCCAUGCCCCGUGCUCAUCGUAGACGACGAGAAAAGAAGCUCAUGACGAUGGACGAAGUCAAUGAGCGAUUCCCACUCGUGAAAUACAAAGUAUGGAGGUCAUCGCGUGCCAAUCAAGGCCUACCAACGGAAGGUGGCAUUAUCGCCCCCAACAGCAGACCGCAGAGUCUCAAAGAUGAUGGCGCAGUCGUCUCUGCGCCGGUCGAUGUUUCCACGAAUGCAAAAUCGCCCCCGCCCCAGCAAGGACUGAUGGAUUCUAAUAAAGUUCAUGCCCAAUACCCCAACUCGGCUUCUGAAGUACGCGUGUUGUCAACGGAAGAGAAGGCUCCUGCAGCAACAGAAGAUCCCCCGACGAAAGGUGACGCAAACGCUGCAGAAGAGAAAUGGCAGCAUUCACUAGUCAACGAGUCGAUUGACCUUGAAGAAGAUGAUGACGAGGAAGGCGAUCAUAUUCGAAAAGCCGUUCCAGCGGAAUUGCUUCCGAAUCCUGGCGAUUCUUGUGCAAUAUGCCUUGACACCAUUGAGGACGACGACGACAUACGAGGACUCACCUGUGGACAUGCCUUCCAUGCAUCCUGCGUCGAUCCGUGGCUGACCAGCCGGAGGGCCUGCUGUCCUCUGUGCAAGACUGACUACUACGUCCCCAAGCCCCGUUCACAAGCAGCUGAAAUGGCAUCUGCCUCUGACCGCCAAGGACGUCGCGCCGCCUCAAGCCGUCCGGACAUUAUCGCCAGACCCUCUCGCGCUGCUCACUCAGGGAGCCAAGCAUAUCCAUUCAGAGUACAUAUGGCAUUUACUGGCCGGCUAUUCCAACCGGCAUCUCUCGAACGACCUACUGGGUCACCGCAGGCAGAAGAGCGCCAAAGACGAAUGCAUAGCGAACCUCAAGACUCAAGUGCAUCACCUCUCCAGUCUAAGUGGUCGCGAUUUAUUCCCGCUCGUCUCCGCGGGCAGUCUUCUCGGACCCCUGCCAGAACAGGAGAGAGGCCAUUGCGAGAAUCCGAGGCUGCGGCUUCUCAACCUCGUACUCCCGGCCAGCUUGAAGCAGGUACUUGA